CUCCAGUUAGAGAAACAACUUACGGAGAGGGACUUCAGACAAAAUGGAGCACAGAAUUGAAAAAGAAAUUGAAACAGAAGCAAGUCGUUCACUAGAGAUACUGGAUGAUAUUCUGAACCAAUAUGACCACGAAAAGAGGGACAAAUCAAGUCUUACUAUGCGAGGACUUAAGAACGUGCCAGUGGAUGCAAGACACUCUCUGGAAAUACUAGAUGAUAUUCUUGAACAGUUUGACAGAGAGACAAAUAAAGAGGUGCAAACUAAAAUCCAUCCAGUUGCUGAUUUAAAGCAUCCGGAAAAUUUACCUUCAGAAGUAUCGAAGUCAUUAGACGCCCUUGAUAGUGUUUUGGAUGAAUUUGAAAAAGAAGGUGGAUUACAUUCAUUCAAACGGCGACGUCCUGCGAACAAAAGCGACUCCAUCAGAAAGCCAAGGAACGAUGAUAUAAGAAGAUCACUGGAAGUCCUGGAUAAUGUCCUCGCCGAGUUCGAUGACUGUCUCGAUUGUUGGGAUUCGAUGCCAGCCUUCAGCAACGGCAGCGAAUCGAUGACUGCAGCAACAAUUCAAUCUCAGCUAGUUCUUGGUGAAAAUGAAAAAGAGGAGAAGCGAAUAUGCCGCCAGCAGAAUGAGGACUCUGUAUUUUCGUUCGAAUGCCUCCCGAUAGACGGCAGCACUAGUCAUAAUUCUCCUUCAGAACAGGGCAAAAUCAGCUCUGCUCCGCCUAUACCAAAGAGAAGUCCAACCACCCAGCUGACUGGUGACAGAAACAGCGGCCUAUUCGUCUUCCCGCCUGACAGCAGUUCUUUAGACAGCUACGACUCCAUUCCGUCGGAUUCAUUUACGCAAGACUCCGACUUAUCUGGAGCCCCACUUUAUCAACCUCGUCAACUGAUUAGCGGCACCUUAUCAGUCACGAAUGACGAUGAGCUGGGACAAGCGGAUUGCGUCAGUUCUGGUGUGAGCUUAUCCGAAACAAUGGAAUCCAAAGAGUCUUCCAACACGCUUUCUCCUUUCCUGCAACGUAAAAAAAUGUUUGAGGACAAAAUUGCCGAAUCAGGCUCUAAAUCGCCUGUUCUUGACAGAUAUCGUCACGCCAGUUUGAAAGUAAGAAAAGUUAACAGAGAUUAUCACGACAGCUCUGGACCUAUGUCGCUGUCUAGCAGUCUAUCUCCAGAGAGUGGUUUCGCUAGUGACGAAUCGCCAUCCCAGUCUUUCCGAGAUCGUCGAAUUAGACCGCCUAAUUUAGUAAAAGUGUCGCCUCCAUCCGUUGAUUUUCCAAUGUCCUCACCAAACCACGCUGUCGAUUGCAACUGCCAACAGCGGAUUCAGCUGCUCAACAUAAAAUUUGCCGAAACCAGACGCCUUUUGAGAGAAAAUAAAAUAAAAGCGCUCAACCAAAAACCUCCUUCUUUCGUUCCACCUCCACCACCAAUACAUUCUCCAAAUAAGGACAAACAUUUUAAUGAACGCGAAAAAGAAAAUUUUUCAAAACCUUUCACUCUAGAAAUAUCUCGCAGUAAGAGUUUCGAUUCUCUACGCAAUACUUAUAAUUUAGAUGUGAAUGAUGUGCGUUUACAGCAGCAAAAAUACCAAGUUCUUAGCGAGAAAUCAUCAAACCUUAAGACAACUUCUUCUUUGUCUUGUUCUUGCAAGGAUACAUAUAUUGCAGAAAACGAUGUUUUUAAGAAUCGAAACUCUCUUUCAAAAAUCAAUAAUUCUAGUUUGUGCCGAUUAUGUUCCAGAUCAGUUCCUACGCCAUUGUCCGAGACCAUAGAAGACAUAUCAAACCUUCUUCCUACAGAUGCCCUCAACAGACCUCACUUAGGUUUAUCAUAUUCCAUGGAAGACGAUUUGUCCCCAGGGGUGAAAGAAAUUCGACACACAUCUACACCAAAGACUGAUACGUCCAAUGUUAAGAAUCACAAAGAUUCGUACAGCCUGUCGACCUUUAGUUUGUCUGCCAGCAGUCUGGGCUACAUUUCUAGUCAGAGCGAUCUUGAGCUCAGCAACUCAUUGACAGAAUGCGACAAAGUGCCUGUGACUUCACUGAGAUCGCAGACCCUGCCAAUAGGGGCGAGUCUAACACCUUCUCCAUUUUAUUCUGCCAUCGAUUCCAGUCAUCCAAGUGACCACAAUGACAAUAUUUUGAUUCGAGACCAGAAUUUUAACCACAGUUCCCUGGGAGCCGAGCUGCAGUUGAGGAGUUGUAGUGCUCCGCCGUUGCCGGAAGUGGAAAAAACAAAAAAGCAUUUUCGAGCCUUCAGUAAGAAGGAAAAGAAAGACAAAAAGAAGAAUGAGGACAGUUUAUCUCUUAAAUCCGAUUUGUCUUUGGAUGAGGGUGUGAUUUUAAGAAAAAUCGAAGCGAUAGAUGGCGCCACAGAUAUGAAAGAUCGAGUGGAUAAAAGCGACAGAGACUCAUUUGUGGAGAAGAAGAGAAGAAGCGUAUGGCGUAGCAUUUUAAAAAAGAAGUAAAUACACUGUUGAAGAUAAUUGCACAUUAAAAAUGUUUAAAAAUAAAUUUUUUUAUAGAAAAAUAUUUUUGGUUUUAU